UAGAUUAGAGCAAGUGUCGUCCACUUGCCAGAAGAUGGCACCAUCGACUAUUUUAUGAAAUAAAUAAAUUAAAUUUGCUAUGAAGGCAUAUGGAAUCAGAAAAUGCCCGGAUUAGGUCGUAAACAACCAUGGAACCGCAGCGUGAAGAGCAUCGCCCAAUACCACAGUGCAGAUUGAGGUUUCUGAUUUGAUUGUGUUGGCGACAACCAGAACGCCGCGUCCCGGGACGUCGGGGGUGUAGAAUAGAAGGGAUAGUCAAUCAGAUGUUCAGGCGAAAUCUACAAGACAUCGCAAAGCAGUCGGUCUGGAGAGAGUGAAGAUACUAGCUCCUUGGUGACCUGCUUGGUGCUUUAAUGGAUAAUACUGAGGUGGCCAAAUUACAAGACAAACUCAAGUGGAUGAGACUGCACAAGUACUUAGAACUACAAAUCCCACCCUCUCUUGUUUCAUGAAUUGUAGUUCCGACAAGCAAUGUUUCCACCCAGGACGGACCAGUUUGAAUUCUUGAUGCAGUAAGAACCAACCCCAGCAUUCCAGUGGGUCUCAUCUUCAGACUUAGCCUUUGAUCCAGAUAAGGACCACAGGAAGGAUGGGGAACAAAAGCAGCGUCCCAAACCGAGGCACCGAGUCUGGGCCUGCUCAGGGAGGCCAUGGGGGGUCUGCGGAGGUCAUCCCAGCAGGUCGCAGAGGUGGGCCCAGCCCUGAGCUGCUGGCCUCCCUACAGACCCUGGGGGAAAACAGCGACUACGCCCUGCUGCCCCAGUCACUGCACCAGAUUGCCGAGGCCUACUCCCUUGAAGAGGACUACCCCUGGGCGGUCCAGUUCCUGCAGUUGGAGAGACUUUAUCAUGAGCGCCUGUUGUCCAAUCUCGCCGCCCUGCAGGAGAGCUGGGAAAGCCAGUGCAGGGAGAGCACCAAAUCCCUGUGCAGAUUGUCACUACAGCCCAACAGCAUUGGUCAGGAGCACAUAGAUGUUCUCAGCAAGAUCUGUAGGACCCACCAGAGGCCAACACUCGGUGCACAAGUGCAGAGUAUGGCAGACGCAAUUCUGAAGGACAUCCCAAACACCAGGGGGCAGUGUGGCAGGAGGGAGGAUGAGGAGGAGGUCAAAGAGGGAGCAGCUGAAAUCACUUCACAUGAACCAGACCAGGAGAGGGAGGAGGGGGAGGAAGGAGGAGGGGAGGAGGAGGAGGGUGAGGAGGGUGAGGAGGAGGAGUGUGAGGAGCCAGGAGAGGAGAGCCCGGAGGAGGAGGUGCUGCUGGAGUGGCCUGCUGGCGUUCCCCAGGCCUCGGUCAAGGACCUGGCCAAACUGUCCUACGAGGAGGGGAGUUCUCCAGACGGCCUGGUGUCCAUUUUGAAAAGGAGACGGGCCUCUUUGGAUGGACUUCCUCCCCCCGAUCCUGAUGUCAUCAAACAGAUCUCCAAGCGUAAGGUCCGCUUCUCUGAUCCAGAAGAUGGCAUAGACCACGAUGAGGUGGGCGGAGACUCGUGUCUGAUCCUGCUGUUGUUGUGCUUGGUCACCGUGGUGAUGAGCCUGGGCGGGACAGCGGUGUAUUGCGCCCUGGUGGACUCCUGCUCCAGCAUCUGCACCGACUUCUCCCACAACGCCAACUUCUACGUGACUCACGUGCGCCGCUUCCUGGACGAGCUGAGACGCUGGCUGCCCCUGAGGUCAUAACCAGCUCACGACAGGUCAGGAACGGGUCAUGGAGAAGCUCAUGGACUCUCUCUCUGAGAAGGGGAUUGGAUGAUGCUAGUCUUGCACUGGUGAAGAGGAGGAGUGGUGAAGGAAGGAAGGAAGUUCUACUUUGGUUUGAGGGGACAGAGGCUGAGGCUGACUGAGUGAUUGGGUGUACACAGUCCUUGAGUGGUCAAUAACAUCUGGAGUGGUUUCAUUAUGAAGCCUACUUGAGUGUUGAUGCAUAAAUGUUUCAUAUACACUGCUGUUUCUCCUUUAAACGAAUGACACGUCAGUGAUGGUCGACAGAAUAAAUCUUAAAGAGAAAGGACAACUCGUACCACACAGAAGUACAUGACAAUUAACUGUACAGUAGCAAAAACAUGUGUAGCGCAGUUGAAUGGGAAAAAAUCACUAAAGUUGUACUUAUGGCUCAUGAAGAACAUAAAACAAGGAGAUUGAAUUUAGAUAAUUUUUUAUAUGUACCAUUAUGAGGUAUUGUGCAACAAUGAUUUUCCAGAUUGAGUUUCCUUGACUCUUUCACACGCAAUCCGUGUGUUUUGUACAACAUUGUCUUACAAAUACAACAUUCCACAUAUCGUAUUAUACUUGAGUGGCUGACUUUUAACUGUAGGUCGCUUUGGAUAAAGGCAUCCGUUAAAUGAAUACACUAUUAAAAAGCCCGAAACACAUACACACAGUGAAAUGAAAGUGGUUGUCAGGUGAGGUAAUUAUCAUAUAUUUUUACAUUAUUAUCAGGCAGAACACUAAAACUUUGGAGAAUGUGCAUGCUGAGAUGUGUGUGGUUUACAGUAGAGCACGGCUCCUGAUGUUCUGUGAGACAAUAUCAAGUAUAUCCCAAAUCUAAAAUAAUCCCAACGACCAUGUAUUUAAACGUGUCAUCUUGGGUGUCAGUGAACAACACACAGUACUGUAUGGCUCUCUCCAAAGACUCAGGUACUUCCUACCAUCAGUACUCAGUGUUUUACUUCUUGUAUAACGGCUCAAAUGUACUGGCUUUAUAUUCUAAGAACAUUAUAUGUUUUUCACAAUCCUUUUAGUAUCAUUUAACCGGGUGUAUUUUUGUGUUAAUUUUCUUGCUUUCCUGAAUUGUGUAUGUCUUAUGUAUUACCCUACCUGACGUGCAACACUCAACAUGUCUGACACAAGUGGACUCUGGCUGGCCCCAGAGAAAUCAAAAGUAGAGACAGGCGACCAUUACUGGAAUGACACAGACAAAAUCCCUUUUAAGCAUGGAUUCAUUCCAUUGUGUUGCACUGUUUUUGAUAUGCUAAAUCAUAAUUUCUCCAUCUAAUGCGCGAAGUUGUAGAGGCGAGGCCAAUGAUUUGUUACCUCCUGUUGUCACAGUGCUGCUGUACGUUGUUUACUAUCAAAUGUUGCAUCAGAGCAAUAUCUAUGGAAGCAAGUCAGUGACUUGCUUCCAUAGCAAGUCACUGAUGUUUUGAAUUUUAAAAGGUAUUUAAUACUUAUAAACACCAGCAAAUGUGUUGGUUUUGAAUUCACCUCUUUAAAAUUGAAACAUUAGGCUAAUUUAUUUCAAUUUGGCUCGAAAUUAUUCGGCUAAUUUCGGCUCGAAAUUAUUCGGCUCGAAAUUAUUCGUCUCAAUAACAGCCUGAAUUUCUGAACCUUGAACCUCUGAACCUUGAAUUUGUUUUCAGAAUAUUUUUUUUACAUUGAAAUAAAUUCACAUUUCAAUUUUAAAGGGGUGAAUUCAAAACCAACAAAUUCGGUGGUGUUCAAUUUUCAAUAUUAAGUAUUCAAUGCCUUUUACAAUUCACAACAUUAUGUCACUGAUUUGCUUCCAAAAGUAUCUUAAUUGUUUAUAUCUUAUAAUAUUUAUGUUGCCUGUAUUCUUAGAUGAAUAUAAAUGAUAUCAAAGAAAUAAAUCUGUGAUUUCAGCGGUC